AUGAGACUUAGCACUACUCCUAUGAACCUCUACAAGAGAACGAAUGAAAAGAGUAGGAAAACUGAUAGGAGCAUCAGUGAUGAAAGCGUACAAAAACGGACAUCUCUUAAUGGGAAUGGUAUGAAUAUGAGAGAUAGGCCAGAUGCUAUGACAAGAAAUCCUAAGGAACAAAUAAUUGAGCUUAGUAAGCUCAUGUGUGGUAAUCUUAGGAUCAAUACCCCAACUAAUGGUAGUACCGUGGAAACUGAGCGAGGUGGAAUUAUCAACUUGCUUUCAUUACGCAACAUUCCUGAUAAUCUUAGUGAAAUUGGUGUGGAGUACGUUGAGUGCAAGAGGAAGGUUGAGGGUUUGGAUGAUCUGAUAAGUCGGUUGCCCAAUGAGAUUCUCAUCUAUAUUCUGUCUUUCCUGUCAAGCAAAGAAGCAUGCAGAACUAGUGUUCUUUCCCAUACAUGGAAACAUCUAUGGCCAUUCUUCAGUGGUACUUUAAACUUUGACGAUCCAAGCACAAGAAUGGACAUUGCAUUCAGAAGGAAAAAAAGUGAAUUCGAAAUGAAUAGGUUUGUCGAAAGGGUGAACUCUAUUCUAAAAUCACAUCGAGCCUCCACUUUAGAAGGGUUCAGAGUUAAAUUUGAAUUAAACAAUUGUUAUAAACAUCACAUUGAUAAAUGGAUUGACUUUGCAAUCUCAAAGAGAGUCAAGAGCCUUGAAUUGGACUUGUCAAAAUGCACAUUUGAAAACGUUUAUGAAUUUCCACUUGAGCGUGUCAAAGUUUCUGUUGGAAUCAAGUCUUUAACUUCCCUCACUCUAGAACGGGUACAUGUAACUAGCGAGCUUCUUGAGAACUUUCUUUCCAGCUGUCCCUUGCUUGAACUAUUACAUGUUAGCAGCGUUCGCGUUCUCUUCAAUCUAAAGAUUUCCGGUGCAUCAUUGAAGUUGAAGUUCUUACAGAUACAUUGUCCCCAUUGUAAGAUUGUCGAGAUCGUUGCUCCAAAUCUUGAGUAUCUUGGCUUUGAUGGUAUAAUAGAUUUUCAUGUUGAUUUUGCACCCCGCCUUCUGAAUGUAUGUAUUGGUGGAACGUCUUAUGGUAUGAGGAAUGCAUUUCGCUCACUAUCAAGCUGUCUUGAUCGGCUAGAGGGUUUGAUGGUCGACUUUAUCAUGCUUGGAAAACUGUCGUGUAUUGACCCCCCGAGAAAAAGAAAAUUUAGGAAGGUGAUGAAAUAUCCGAAUGAGCACCUCGGGGUCAAGGAAGUGGAAAUUGUGGGAUUUACGGGGCGUGAAAUAGACAUGGAGCUUAUUAAUUACCUACUCAAAAGUGCCACCCAGCUUGAGAAGAUUGUUAUUACACCUCGUUGCGAAACUGUGAAGACACAGAAUAUUAAAGGUGCCAGAGAAUUGGCUAAGGAGCUAGAAAAAAAUCUACCCGUAGGAGUUGAGUUUGUUUUAUUGUAA